UGCGUCAGCGUGAGCGGGGCCGAGGGCUCGAGCGAGCAGCCGAGGAGAAAAAAAUAAAACAUUUAACCCAGCAAGAAAAAUAAAAGUAAAACUCCAAGCAAAAACCAGGCGUAGACCAGUACAGCAAGCGGCUUUAACCAGCCAGAUGGUUUGCUGAGAGAGUGAAACAAAUAUUAUGUAAAAGGCAAUUUCUUGGGAAUCACUAGACUGGAAGAAAAAUCUUACAGCAAGACAGGAGGUCAGCUGCAGGCUGGACCAUGCAAGUCAGGUUCCUGACAUUGUCUUUACAUGUUAACACUGGCUGCAACUCAAAGAUCUUAGACCAUGUCAGUAUGGAUUCAGGCCCAGCAGCUUCAGGGCGAAGCUCUGCGUCAGAUGCAGUCCUUGUAUGGGCAGCAUUUUCCAAUUGAAGUUCGGCAUUAUUUAUCUCAGUGGAUUGAAAGCCAGGCAUGGGACUCAAUAGAUUUGGAGAAUCCGCAAGAUGAAUAUCGAGCACAGAGGUUGCUUGAGACAUUAAUACAGGAAUUGCAGAAGAAAGCUGAUCAUUUAAUGGGUGAAGAUGUUUUUGUACUAAAGUUGAAAUUAGGGAAUUAUGCCACUCAGUUAAAGAAUACAUAUGACCGUUGUCCACUGGAACUGGUUAGAUCAAUCAAACACAUUUUGUACCAUGAACAGAGACUGAUUAGAGAAGCUACAAAUCCAAGUUCACCAGUAGGUAUACUGGACUCCAUGUCUCAGAAACACCUUCAAAUAAACCAAACAUUUGAGGAACUAAGGCUAUUGACUCAGGAUACUGAGAAUGAACUACGAAAGCUUCAGCACACCCAAGAAUACUUUAUUAUACAAUAUCAAGAGAGUCUACGGAUACAAGCUCAGCUUGCUCAACUUGCUCAGCUGAGCCCACAAGACCAGAACCGUAUCUUGAGAGAACAAAGCUUGCAACAAAAGCGGACGUCUCUGGAGGGUUGGUUACAGCGAGAAGCCCAGACACUACAGCAAUACAGACUGGAUUUAGCUGAGAAACACCAAAAGACAUUGCAGUUGCUUCGUAAGCUCCAGACAAUUAUUUUAGAUGAUGAAUUGAUUCAGUGGAAACGACGCCAGCAGUUGGCAGGGAAUGGUGGUCAGUCUGAAGGAGGUUUGGACGUUCUUCAGUCAUGGUGUGAGAAAUUAGCUGAGACAAUAUGGCAGAAUCGUCAGCAGAUCAGGAGAGCUGAACACCAACGACAGCAGCUUCCCAUUCCAGGCCCAGUGGAGGAGUUGCUUACAGAGCUCAAUGCAACAAUUACAGAUGUAAUAUCUGCACUAGUUACCAGCACCUUUAUUAUCGAGAAACAACCCCCUCAGGUUUUGAAGACUCAGACAAAGUUUGCAGCCACUGUACGUUUGUUAGUUGGUGGAAAGCUGAAUGUACACAUGAACCCACCCCAAGUAAAAGCAACUAUUAUCAGUGAACAGCAAGCAAAGGCACUUCUGAAAAAUGAAAAUACAAGAAAUGACAGCAGUGGUGAAAUAUUAAAUAACUGUUGUGUUAUGGAGUACCAUCAAGCAACAGGAACCUUAAGUGCCAACUUUAGAAAUAUGUCUUUGAAACGAAUCAAGCGUUCAGAUCGACGUGGCGCAGAGUCUGUCACAGAAGAAAAAUUCACAAUUCUUUUUGAAUCACAAUUCAGUGUUGGUGGAAAUGAGCUAGUAUUUCAGGUUAAGACUUUGUCACUUCCGGUGGUGGUGAUAGUUCAUGGCAGCCAAGACAACAAUGCCACUGCCACUGUACUCUGGGAUAAUGCAUUUGCAGAGCCAGGUAGAGUCCCAUUUGUAGUCCCUGAUAAGGUACUGUGGCCACAGUUAUGUGAGGCUCUCAAUAUGAAAUUCAAAGCAGAGGUUCAGAGCAACAGAGGAUUAUCGGAAGAAAAUCUUGUUUUCCUAGCUCAGAAAGCAUUCAGCAGUUCAGCUAUUCAUCCAGAAGAUUACAGUAAUAUGACCAUCUCUUGGUCUCAAUUUAAUAGGGAAAGUUUACCUGGUCGAAGUUUCACAUUCUGGCAGUGGUUUGAUGGAGUUAUGGAGCUGACAAAAAAACAUCUGAAGCCUCAUUGGAAUGAUGGGGCGAUUUUGGGGUUUGUAAACAAGCAACAGGCACAAGAUAUGCUGCUUUCCAAGCCAAAUGGAACCUUCCUGCUGCGAUUUAGUGACUCAGAGAUUGGAGGGAUUACAAUAGCGUGGGUAGCAGAUAACCCCAACAAAGCAGGUGAAAGGAUGGUUUGGAAUCUUAUGCCAUACACAACCAAAGAUUUUUCAAUUCGAUCACUGGCAGAUCGCAUCAGUGAUCUCAAUCAUUUGCUGUAUUUGUAUCCAGACAGACCCAAGGAUGAUGUGUUUUCUAAAUAUUAUACACCACCAUUAUCAAAAGCAAUAGAUGGAUAUGUAAAACCACAGAUCAAACAAGUGGUUCCAGAAUUUGCUACAGCAUCAUCUGAUGGAUCAUCAGCGAGUAAUACCUAUAUGGAACCAGCAACAUCGCCUGCAGUUUGUCACCCACCACAAUAUCCUCUCUACCCACAGAACCCAGACAGCAUGCUUGAUCCUGAUGGUGAUUUUGACCUUGAUGAUACAAUGGAUGUUGCCAGACAUGUGGAAGAGCUUCUACGCAGACCAAUGGAUAAUCAGUGGCUUCCUCAUCAAUCAACAUGAUUGCCACCCCCACCUCACAGAAAAUUGUUUCUUAUGGUUUCAUUCCAUAAGUUGCUUCAUUUCCAAAUCGUUCAUAAUGUGAAAUGUUAAUAUUGCUCGUGAAUCUAAUAUUUUUGUGCAUGUUGAAGCAGUGCAAAUGUUUCUAAAUGUCCCGAUUGCUUGGAAGAGGCUGCAGUUUUGGAGACUGCAAUUACUAUUGUUAUUUUAUGUUGUACAAAAUGCAAGUUGCUAUUUGCAUGAUUUUUAUUUACCCAUCCAGAAUUUUAGUUACGUUUUGGUAAAUAGUGUUAAUUUGUAUUUUAGUGUGCCAAGGCAAAUGCUUAAUUAAGUCCCAAAUUGGAUCAUUUACUUAGAAACCAGUCAAAGCUACUUUAUUUGUGCAUGGAUUCUAUUUUUCAGUCAUUCACCGAGAUAUUACUUCACAUGAUUUAUUGGAAAUGAUUACUCAGUUUUUGAUUGAAGCUUUGAAUAUUGGCUCAUAAUUGGCACAAAAGGGCCACAAUAACAGAGAUUUUGCUCCUCUUUUGGAAUUUACAAAUUGACUUAUCACAAUAUCAGUGACAUAUUGAAGAGAUAGGUGGGAGGGAUAGUUUGUAUAUUUUUGUAUCCCUGAACCAUUUGUUCAUAAUUAUAUUUGUGUCUAUGAUCACUCUGAAUUGAACAAGGGUUUAAAAAUAAUCAUACAUUCAACCACUUUCAUUGAGGAGGGUUUAAAAAAAGAUAGUUAUGUAUUUGAACUGUUUCAGGAUCAAGGCAAUUUCAAACAAUUUCAUUGGAUAUCUAGGCUAUGUGGUUUGUUUAAAAAAAAGUGCAUGAGUUUGGAAUGGCAUAGCUUUCAAGAUUUACACUUUGCAAAAUUAAGGCAUGUAUGUGCUCUGUAGGUAACUAUUUUAUACUGUAUCAUUUUUGGCAAAAUUAAGUACUUGCUAAAUUUGAUCAUAAAGCUAGUUACUUUGUUUGGAAUACUUAAAUUUGUUGCAGAUAUCAGAGAGAAGCUGUACAAGGUGCUGUUUAAUCAUGUAAGAGCAAUGUUAUCCUUGCAGGUCUACUUGAAGAAAGUGUCUUACUUUGGUUGCCUUUAUGCCUGUAUGGCAGACCUGUCUUCUGUUUGAUGUAGUGUUAAGCCAAAAUGCCAUGCUGAAUCAAUUGUACUCAAUAUCUUGAUCAGUCUCGUGAGUAAUAAGAAAUAUGUGCAAAAUGGAUUUAGUACAUUUUGACCUCUGAUAGUUAAGGCUCACAAUGAGUAAAAGCAGCCAGACUUUUCAGAUGCCUUAAGCAAUAGUGUAAAUUAAUUGAUGCAAAAGCUGCGUAGUAUACAUAAACUUAAGUAUGCAUUCCUGAAUAUGACUUGUCACUGUUCCUGAUGUUGGUACUAUUCGGACGUAAGUUGCUAACUGAAACUUCUUGUUUCAAUAAAAGCUUUUUAAAGGGACCACUGGUCUAAUCAAUAGGUAAAGGGAAUGUUUGAAAUCAUUCAUUUUUUAAGCAACCACUAUUACAAUUAACAGGGAUUGAAAUAUUUUUUGAAGGGAUCCCCAUUCUGAUAUUUGCCAUUAUCAUUUGUUCAGGAAUGCCACGUUCAGCCUAAUAGCCACAAGCAAACUGUGGAUGACAUAAGCAAUGAAGAUGUUUACAUUUUAAGUACUAGAUAUGCUUACCCAUUUUUAAUCAAUUAUUCUGGCUGCUUCUGUUCAAAUGCCUGGGCCUACUGAAAUGUGACAAAUUUAAAUUUAGUUACAUAAUUGGUUAUCUUUAAUGUAGGGAAAACUAACAAAAUACCAGCUAAUUGCUACUGCCAAACUUUAAUUCUGAGACAAUUAUGGAGUUGUACAUCAUAUGGUGAAAACAUCUCUUCAGGACACUUGCAUAUAUUACUGGCAUUUACUAAAUAUAGUCCAUACAGGAAAAAGACAUUCUAUUCCUCUAAAUUCUGGUAGGUAUGCUCCCACUGUUUUUGUUAUAUAAAAUGCUAUACUGUAUCUUUCAUUCAGCUGUAUCUUCCCUAGGAAAGAUUAUUCCUCCCACAACUUCCCAACCAGACUUCAUUGGCAACAUAAUGUUAAAUCACUUCCUAACGCAUAUCAACUGAAGCAUGAUUUGACUCGCAGUCUUAUAUUGGCCAGUGCAUUUUUUCUACAAGGAAGUCCUAUAGAGAAAGAUGCAUUUCAUUCCUUUUACGUGAUAGCAGAAAGCAGUGGAAUAGUUUACUUCAGGAUGUGAAUUUAGUUUAGACAAGAAUGGGGUGCAUUCUCUUUUUAGAUUUGCUUUAUCUCAGUUCUUGGUCCAUGUCAUACAAUUUAGUAGCACAGAUGGCGCAUUCAAGAUUGCUGGCUUGAGAACUGAUCACCUUUGAAAAUGGGAUGAAGAUGUAUUGCUGAGAUAAUGUAGUGAUUCUAAAAUCUGUUACAAUGAAUUUUAUCUGUUACAGUGGCUGUUACUUUUAUAUACAUAUAUAGUUUCUGCUGUCUGGCAUUCAUCAUGAAAUUUAAAGAAAUCUACUGAAACUAUCAUUAAUAUUCAAGUGGUGCUGUUAUUGUAUGUAAGUUGAGAGAUGAAUUUUAGUGGAAUAUGAUCUGUCUUUAAGGUGUCUAUUUCUGUAACAGUUACUGGUUUGCUGGGGGAGGGGGUUUUCGGAUGCAGACACUGAAGCCUUAUGUUAAUUCAGUGUUACAGUGGUGUUAGAAAGUUUGUGAACCCUGGAGAGUUUUCUCUAUUUCUCCAUAAAUAUGACCUAAAAUGUUAUCAGAUCUUCAUACAAGUCCCAAAACUAGAUAAAGGGAACCCAAUUAAAUAAAUAACGGAAAAAAACAUUAUACUUGUUCAUUUAUUUAUUGAGGAAAAAUGAUCAAAUAUUACAUGUAUUUGUUGGAAAAAGUAUGUGAACAUUUGCUUUCAGUAACUGGUGUGACCUCCUUGCACACCAAUAACUUAAACCAAAUGUUUCCGGUAACAUAUUGGCUUGGAGGAAUUUUAGGCUGUUCCUCGUUACAAAACUACUUCAACUCUGGGAUGUUGGUGGUCUUCCUUGCAUGAAUUGCUUGCUUCAGGUCCUUCCACAACAACUCAAUUGGAUUAAGGUCAGGACUUUGACUCGGCCAUACCAAAGCAUAAAUUUUCUUCUUUUUAAACCAUUCUAUUGUUGAUUUACUCUUGUGUUUCAGAUCAUUGUCUUGUUGUAUUAUCCAACUUCUAUUAAGCUUUAGGUGACAGACUGCUACCCUGACACUCUCCUGUAAAAUGUCUUAAUACAAUUUUGGAUUCAUUGUUCCCUCAACAAUUGAUUGCAAGCUGUCCAGGCCCUGAGACAGCAAAGCAGCCCCAAACCAUGAUGCUCCUUCCACCAUGCUUCACAGUUGGAAUUGAGGUGUUGGUGUGCAAAGCCCUUUUUCCUACAAACAUAGCAAUGUGCAUUUCUGCUAAAGAGUUCCAACUUUUGUCUCAUCUGUCCACAGAACAUUGUCCCUGAAUUGUUGUGAAACAUCUAAGUGGUCUUUUGCAAACUUGAAACGCACAGCAAUGUGUUUUUUUUUGGAGAGUAGUGGUUUCCUACGUGGUAUCCUUCCAUGAAGACCAAUCUUGUUCAGUGCCUUUCUGAUAAUGGACACACGAACAGAGACUUCAGCAAGUUCUAGAGAUUUCUGCAGGACUUUUGCUGUUACCCUUGGAUUCUUCUUCGCCUCUUUCAACAUUGCACGUUGUGCUCUUUGCAGGAUGCCCACUACUAGAGAGAGUAGCAACAGUACUGAGUUUCCUCCAUUUGUAGACAGUUUGUCUUACUGUGGACUGAUGAACACUCAGGUCUUUAGAAAUACUUUUGUAGCUUUUUCCAGCUUCAUGCAUCUCUACAAUUCUUCUAAAGUCCUCUGAAAGUUGUUUUAAUUGAGGCAUGGUGCACAUAAACAGACCUUUCUUGAAAAGAGCAGGCUGUGUCAGUAACCUGACUUUGUGCGUCUUAUAGGACAGGGCACCUCUACAACCCACACCUCCAAUCUCAUCUCAUUGAUUGCAACACCUGACUCCAAAUGGCUUUUGUAGAAGGCGUUACCCCAGAGGUUCACAUACUUUAUAUAUGUAAUAUUGGAUCAUUUUUCUCAAUGAACAAGUACAAUGUUUUUGUGUUAUUUAAUUGGGUUUUCUUUAUCUAGUUUUAGGACUUGCGUGAAGAUCUGAUCACAUUUUAGGUCAUAUUUAUGCAGAAAGAGAAAAUUCUACAGCGUUGACAAACUUUCUAGCACCGCUGUAUCUUCAAGGCAGGGCAUCGUUCAGUAUAACAGAGCCAUACAAGCUAGCACUGGUUUUCUCGAGACCUUCAGGAACCCAGCAUACACUAUUGGAGCAUUUCCACUUUUGGUUGAAGAAAGUAUUUUUCUCAGAAUCAUUUGGAAUCCUCUGUUUCUAUUAUAAAGGUCCAGAACCUCUGUGAUAUAGCUCAGUUCUUUAUUCCCUACCCUCAAUUCAAUCCUAGCCUUGGGUUUAUUUAGUGAAGGAAGUUGUGGCCUAGAAAGAAGUCAUUUAGUAUAUGUGGAAGUUUUCGGCAGAGUGGUUAGUAGUGUAUAAUAAGUCAUAAUAGUCCUCUUGCCUGGAAAUUUGGUGCCAACAGAGACCUGUUGAAAACAGCAUCCUGAAUAUCAGCUAAACUGAAACUAAUAUUCAGUGAAUGUGAAGGUGCUUUGUAAGCAAACUGCAUAAAAUAUCACACCCUGUAUUUUGCUGAUAAAUCCUAAAUGCAGACUCUUCAGCAAAAUUUGUUACUUCAUUUUUCAGUGGGUGCAUUGUAGAAUUCACUGUGGAAAUACAGUGCUAGAGUUGGAUUUUGCUGUGAUUCACUGAAUCAAAUCUAGUGCCACGAUAGACUUGGUACAGGUCCCCAGUCCAUUGAUUUCAAUGGGGGUUGUAGGGCUACAGUGAAAAAUAUGCAAGUUCCUAUUUAGAUUAUUUUUGGUUGUUUGAUGUUUGUAUCUUUAAUGGUGCUUGUUUUUAGUUGAAUUUACUUUUUUAAUUUUUUUCAAUUUUACAUGUUUAAAGUGUAACAAAAGUUAAAACCAGCAACAUUUUAGAAACCCUAAUGACUUUGGCUUGCAAAGCGAAGGAGUUGGGAGGGUUAGGGCUUCACCAGCUCUCAGAAGCUAUGUCUCCAUCUCUGUAAACAAACUGUCAAUCAACAUCUUUUAUGCACCUAUCAAAUCCCAGUUACCUUGACUAUACCACUUCCCACCCUGACUCCUGCAAAAAUGCUAUUCCGUUUUCUCAGUUCCUUCAUGUCUGCUGCAUCUGUUCCCAGGAUGCGACUUUCAAGGCUUCCUUCAAAGAAUGGGGUUUCCCUUCCUCCACCAUUAAUGCUGCCAUCACUAUUUCCCGAACACCUGCACUCGCCCCAUCUUUCCGCCACCUUAAUAGUGAUAGAAUUCCUCUUGUGGGACCUACCAUCCCAUGAGCCUUGUAUCCAACACAUCAUCCUUUGCAACUUCUGCCAUCUCCAAAGGGAUCCUACCAUCAAAUAUAUCUUUACCUCUCUCUUCUCCUCUCCCCCAACUUUCCACAGAGAUUACUCCCUCGUGAUUCCCUUGUCCAUUUGUCUCUCCCCAAUUAAUUUCCCUCCUGGAACGGUCUGGGUUAAUAUGAGAACCAAACAUUGCAGCUUAAAUUGGGCAGAAUGCAGAAAAACACUGUUACAUGCCCUUCACUAUCACAAGUAGAAGCAAUCUUUAUCAUGAGUCCACACAUCAGGAAGGGUUCCCUUCUGGAGGACUCUUCAAAUCUGGAUAUUUUGUAAAUCGGGAAUGAACAAAAACUGUAUGGGAGAGGAUCACAGAAGCAGCUGUGAUGGAAGAGCAGCCAGCCUCACUGACUCAUUGAGCAAGUGCAUACUCAAUUCUCUCAAGUCUGCGUGAUUUGGCCCAGCCACUCCUAAUCUUGUGGCUCAGUGCGGGGGCGGGGGGAGGGGGAAUGUUGAGAGAAGACACAGGGAAAUGCUCUGUUCCCACCUGGGAAAAGAUGUCUGCAGUCGCACAGCAGCUAGGAAAUCCAGUCUCAUCCAUCCUGCAUGUCUCCCAAACACCCGAGAAAAUACUCUGCUCAACCCUGAUAAAGAUCACUUGCAACCUAUACUGCCUGGCAAAUCUAUCUCCAUACAGACCUUGGAACAGCUGGCACAACAGCUCAAUCCACUAAUUACUGAUGAUAAUAUUGCCUCUGCCUCAGCAGCAUCCAGCUAUGUGGUUGGGCUCCAACUGCACGGACUAACUCCAAAUCAUUUGUGAUUUGCUUCACACUUGUGUAGUUCUGCUAUAGAGUUGGGGUACUUGUUUAAAAAUUGUUCAAAAAUUUUUGGAAACUCAAAUUAGCAAGCUUGUUUGUAUGCAGAGGUGUCCUUAAAUUUGUUUGCAACCCGUACCUGGCCUAUAUAUUUAAAUAAAAGCUUUUAUUAUAUAGUGGUUAAGCAUGUGAAGAAAACCGAAAUAGACAGAAAUCAAGAACAACCUUGAAAGAACCGUUAUUUUUUUUUCAAAUUAUAGAGUCAAUAAAUACUCAAAUGCUUCAUCAUUUCAUUAAAAUUUGAUGGUCAGAAGUUUGAAGAAUUUUUUUCUUGGUACAGGAUUAAAAAUAAAAAUAGCUGUUACCUAUGCCUUUUAAUCUGUACAUAUGGUUGGAAGUAUGAGCUACUUGGGUAUCAUCUUGGUGUUAAGGCCAAAAUAUAUUUUUCACAGAAUCAGCAACAAUUGUGACAGAGAUGCUGUGACCCACAAGAUAUCUGGCAAGGUUGAGCCUUGCAAUGCUGACUUUAGUCUUGCUUUUCUCUCCUAAACCAUAACCAAUAAGAUGGCAAAACCUCAAUCAGUAUUCAGUUAGAAACCUGUAUGCCAUUGACUGAGAACAGAAUUGGGUUUAGCUGUGAGUUUACACAAUUAGUUUUAAGCUCAUCAUAAAGUUCAAGUAGAUGAUAGAAUUUUUUUUUCUAGUGAUCCUUCAUCUGUCAAAUUAAAUUGACCUUGUAGACCAGCCACCAGAGUAAGGAACCAAAUUCUAGCAGGACGGUUACUCAUCAGGAGGCUAAAAAUAAUACUUGUAACUGUUUAGUUGCUCAGGUUUUACUCAGUAUUGACCUAAUGUUUGCGGCAAGCACCUAUUGAAAAUGAGAUCGUGAAGUUCAAUUCAUGUAAAACUACAUUCAGUUUUUCUUUUUCCACCCCUCCAGAGUGUGAUGCCAUUGGUCAGAAAAAAUAAUUAUAGAAGCAUAAAAAUAAGGUUGUGUCUCCACCAUGACUCAGUGACGUGGACUGAUGAAUGCAUUCCUGUGUGAAUUUUAAAAAGACAACUAUAUUUAGCCUAGCACUUUUAUAAGUAAUUUAGUACAUGAAGGAUUCUUGUAAAAUGAAGAGUGGACAACUACACCUUCAGUGUACUUUCAACCUGUUCUACUUCUCACCUAGAGUGAUGUAAUUGUAUUUUGUCCCUCUAAAAAUGAUGAAAGAGGGGGAAGAACAAUUUGCAGUCUCGACCUAAUUUUACUAAUACUAGUUAAAGCAAUAUUUUAAUAGAGUACCUAAGUUAUGCUGUACAUGUUCAUUGUGCUUAUGCUAUGCACACCAUAAAAGAUUACAGAUUAACAGUGACAAUUUUAUGGUUUGUUAUCACUAAAUCCAUAAAACAGCACACUUUUCAUGAAUUUAGUUACAAAAGUAUUGUAAUAACAUAAACGUUUACAAUCUAAAAGUUCAUUUAAAUUGGAUAGAAUGUAUGUCUGUUAAUAAGCUUUCCAGUAAAUUGAUUUAUUUUUUAACUAGCUCUGUUGUCUCAGUGCUUUUCUCAUUUUUGCAUCUGGUUAACUGGGUUUCAGUUAAAGCGAACUGUUUUUAAAAAAACUUGUCUACAUUGUUUUUUUAUGCAGGAGCAGUUUUUGGUUUUGUGGAGUAAGGUCAGCAUUUUUUUUUUUUGCAGUUUAUAUACCUGGAUUGUGGACAAAUAACCAAUUUCUAACCAUCCUCUCUCCACACCUUUGCAAUCAAUAUUUGCAGCAUACUAAGCUGAAAAUGGUCAUCAGGCUGGUAGCAUCUGUGGGCAGAGAGGAAAAGAAAGUGAAAGAUAAGCAGGUUUUAUAAAAUGCAAAGAGCAGGAGAAAACAAGGUGGACAGGUGGUGAGAUUAAAUGACAAAUGUGCAAGGAACAGAGUUGAGGACUAUAAUUGGCAGGAGCCCUUAAAUGAAGACAAAAUUGGAACUAUUGUUAGUUGAGAGAAGAAUGUUAGGCAGAAGGUCAAGUUAUCCUGCUGUUAAAAUACUGCUUUAGGAUCUUUUUCUCUCAAGCAGAUAGAAGAAGCCCCAGUGUAAAUAUCAAGUGAAAGUAGUUUUGGGAUUAGAACAUUUCUGUGCUGCAUUGGAGCAUUAGUGGAGGUAAACACAUUCAAGCUCUGGGUCAGAGAUUAAACCUUCAGGUUUAAAUAAGAAUUAGUCACAGAGUAAUACAAUAUGGAAAUGAGUCCUUCAGCCCAACUCAUCCAUGAUGACCAGUGCCCCCCAAGCUAGUCCCAUUUGCACCUGUUUAGCUCAUAUCCCUCAAUUCCUCCUAUCCAUGUACUUACCCAAAUGUAUUUCAAAUGUUACUGUACCUAUUACAGUACAAUAAUUUUGAAUCUAUUGAAAUAAUUCAAAGCUGUGUAAUUUUGUCUAAGUUUUAAUAAUUGCAUUUUUGCAUUAAAACAUUUUACCUUCCAAAAUGUUCAGUCACACCAUAUAAAGGUUGUUCAAACUUGUGGUCAUCUGUCACAAUUGCCUGGUUCUAAAUCUAUCUUUGCUGCUAUUAACUUUAAUUAAUAAAAUGUGAUUCUAA